UGAGUUCCCUCUCACCAGGGAAGUGGAGCAUUUUUUCCCAGCGGCUCGGCCUGGAAACCUGACUCUAGCUGGACGUUUUUCUUCUGAAACACCAACAGCUGAUUCUGAUUUUCUUUUCUCCUGGAACUUUAACACGAGCAGCAGCAGCAGCAGCAGCAGCCGGGUGGAUUCUUUGUUGAACUCCUGGAACCAUGGGGGACGUGGUCUCCUCUCACCUGGAUGAGAGCAGGCGGGAGACGAUUACAGCUCGCACCAGAGAUGUGAUGAGGGAGUUUGGCGCUGUGUACCAGCAGCAGUACGCCGUCGCUCUCUUCAACAGCGUGCGCUACGAGAUCGAAGCAGGAGGAGGGACGCAGUCGCAGCUGCUGCACAGGAAGGAUCCGUUGGCGGGCCGGUCCAUUUUCUCUGGGAGUUUGUUUCAGUACCUGGAGGAGAACCGGAAGUGGAGGAGUCGCUUUGUGUCCGUUCCAAACAGCUAUGCCAUCAACCUCUAUGAGAGCAAAACGGCAAAUGAACGAGGGCUUCACCCAAAGGUCACCAUCAACUGUGCCGGGUACAAGGCCCUGGACUCUCUAGAGGAGUACAUGGAGCUGAUGAACACCAGCCUGCCAGGCAUCAAGGCCAAAGUGGGCAAUCAUCCGUUCAUCAAGUGUGCGAGCGAGUUCCCGCUCAUCCUGUACCACCCGUACGCUCGUCACCACUACUUCUGCGUGAUGUCGGAGAAGGAGCAGAAGAAGUGGCACGCGGUUCUGCAGGACUGCGUCAGACACUGCAACAACGGUUUGUCUGAGGAACUAACAGUCGAGACGCCGGCGUUCACCGACUCGGUGAGGAAACACAGACAAGCCCAGGGACACUACGGGACGUGGGACAUGAUGUGCGGGACACCGCCACAGAUUCUGGCUAACCUGGUGAUGGAGACGCUUCACCCUGAGUUAAGAAGUGUGAUUGGUCCACGUCUGAAGGGGAAGAUGCAGCAGAGGCAGAGGAACUGGAUGUUGAUUUCUGACGCCGUGUACCGGCAAGUGUUGUCUCAGACCAGCAGUCAGUACGGAGCUCUGGUGGACACGUGCGAGGCGCAGAGAGCUCCACUGGACGCCAGACUGAGGACCGACAUGGACCAGAUCAUCACAUCCAAAGAACACGUCUCUGGCAAGAUACGAGCUCUGGUGUUGCCUAAGGUGGAACCUCUGCUACGGACCAGCAUCCAGCCUUACAUCAGCUCCAUCCUCGAGGCUCUGAUGGAGCCCACAAGCAGAGGUUUCUCGGAGGUCAGGGAGGUCUUCUUCAGAGAGAUGGUGGAGAUCAGCAAGAACUCGCUCAACGGAGGGGCCAAGGAAAAGCUGGGAGAGCACAUGGACAGACUGUCCAUGCUCGCCUUCCACCCCGUGAAGAUGCAGAGCUGCUACGAGAAGGUGGAGGAGCUGAACCUGGAGGGCCUUCAGCAGAGGUUUGAGGUCUGCAGCCCCAACGUGUUUGUCAGCAGAGCUCAGAUCCUUAUGAGGGAGCAAAUGGACAAUGCUGUGUACACAUUUGAGCAGUUGCUAAACCAGUCUUUGAAGGACCAGGGUGAAGAGGACAUGUGCAAGAACGUCCAGCGAUGCCAGGACAGGGUUCUCAAGAAAUACGAUUACGACAGCAGCUCAGUGCGUAAGAAGUUCUUCAGAGAAGCUCUGCUGCAGAUCAUCAUCCCCUACAUGCUCCAGCAGCUCUCAGAUUCCUGCUCACCUGAGCUGCCUCGCUUCAGAGAGCUGAUCUUUGAGGACUUCUCCCGUUUCCUGCUGGUGGAGAACAUGUACGAGGAGGUGGUGCUGCAGUCCGUCACCAAGGACAUAAUGAUGGCUGUGAAAGAGGCAGCUGUCCAGAGGAGACACAACCUCUACAGGGACAGCAUCGUCCUCACAAACAGUGACCCCAACCUGCACCUGCUUGGAGAAACACCUCAGGUGGACUGGGCGGCUAAAUUUGGCAGCGAAGAGCCAGACAGUGCGGCCAAUGGCGGUACUGAAGAAGGUGGUUCUGGGAGUAGACGCAGGCAAGUGGUGUCCAUGAUCCAGAUGGACGGACUGCCCCUGGCCUACGAGUCUUGUAUGGAAGUUCCAGGGGUGGAGCUUAUUCCUGAGGAGGAUGUCGAAACCUGCGAUGACAAAUCAGAGGAUAAAAGUGAGGAUGAGGAGAUACCAGAGGAGCCGAGGUCUCCUGAUAGCGUGGAUGAAAUCAGGGACUUGAUUAACCCAGUGGUGGAGGUGGCGGUGCCAGUGUCGGGGGAGGAGGAGCAGAGCCCUGUGACCAACCUGAUGGAGCCAACCGACAGCACCAUCACCGCAGAGGACGGGCUGCAGGAGGAGGUGACGCACGUCACCACCGUGGUGGAGAAGGUCCCCCGGAAUUCGAUCAAGAAGUCUCCACAGACACUCCUCAAGGAGCUGCUUGGAAGCGAGGGGCAAGAGCCCACUAAGGACGAGCAGGUGGAAUCUGCCGUCGAGAUUGUCACUGAGGAGAUGCUGGAAGCGGUACAGGAAGAAGACAGUCAACUGAUCACUGAGGUUUCUGCAGCAGAAUCCGAUUCCGAUCCGCCACCACUGCUGCCUACAGACUCCAGCUCGCGAGACGACAACGGCUUCCAGUCACCGACGAACCAAGAGUCGGACGAAGGUGUGAAGGUGCCGAUCACAAACGGCCUGAGCGGAGAGGACAAAACCAUUGACCCGGUAGAAGUGGAAGUGAUUUUGGCGUAGGAAGGAAAACGUCCUGCAUGUAAAUAUGAACCCGGAGAAAACGUUGGUAAUGCAAAGUGGAAAGAACAAGGAUGAUUUUAUUUAAAGCUUUCAUUUUUAUCUAUUUUUUUGGCGCUGUUGAACGCUCCAAAGCCAACACUCUCGUCCUCAAGACUUUUCUGAGACAUAUCUUUGGUGACCGGUAGUCUUUUUGCAGCUAAGCCAAAACUGAUGCAUGUUUUCAUUCAUUUUCUGUGUAUGACAGUGAAAUCCCACAUCUCUCUAAGUGGUAUGGGGCAUCUGGGGGUUCAGCAGAGUUUGGAGAAAUGUAUAAAAAAAAAAGAGAGAGAAAGCUUUCUAAAGUACGACUUUAGUGUGUGACACUGCUCCAACAACCAAAUUAUCAUAUUCUUAAAAUAUUGUAGAUUUAAUCUGGUGUCAAUUUGGUAAUUUUUACUGUUUACAUCAGUAAAUGCAGCAGCAGAUCAGGUCUUAUAUUAUACUCGUGAUAACUCUAUCUGGGAAACAGGGGGAGCCAUAAUGAAAAUUUGGAUGCCUCUGGAUUUGUAACUACUGUUUUUUUUUUUCAAAUAUUGCCGUCUAUUUUUAUAAAUAUUUUGAGUAUGCAAGCUUUUUUUUUGCUGAGAAAAAAAACGUAUUUGCAAAUGGCCUUUAUGUUUCAACACGUUUCACUACAAACCAGUGAUUUUAAGGGGAAAAUAACCAGAAAACAAUUUCUUCAGACGAACUAAGAUACAUGUCACUGAAGUGCUUUGAACUUUAUUUAAAACUAGUAUUUUCCUAUUUAAUUCCAUCAUUUUCUGGGUGAGUGGGAGACUUCACACAACAUUCAAUAUAUCUUCAGUGCUUCAUUGGUAUCAAACUGCAUCAGAUGAUUUUUGUUCUUACCAGUAUAAAAUAUAUAAAUGAAACACUCACAUGUGAGAUUUCUUCAUGCUUGGGAAAAUGUUCCAGGAAACCGAGAGUUUUAAAAAGAAUCUGUAAAUACUAGGCUUUAUCUCUUUGAAAUAAAAGCAGUCUGCAAAACUA